AUGCAGCCGUCAUAUAGGGGAGUGUCACCAAAAACAAUCCCAGUGAUAUCAUCGACUUCCAAAACCCUGCCGUCACUCUCGUCGAAUGUACUCGCUCCACCGCAGUUUCCAUUGAUGGAUCCUUCAGUUCCGCCUCCUUCGAUUGGAUCGUCGUUAUCGAUGAAUAUCGUAAAUCCUGCUGCUACUACUGGUGGUGGUCAUCUAUCAAUCAGCGGUCAAACAAAUCCACAAAGUAUUGCUGGAAUGAGCUACAAUAUUCGAGCGAAUCUAGCGGACGAGAUCAGGACAAGAGAGCCACCAGAAGAGGACAGUGGUUGCCAUCGUUCAUGGAAUGAAACUGCUUCUUCAUCAUGGUCUUUGGGCAAAAGUUCCUCAACAGAGAUGGGAGGUCGUGACAGUGCUGUGAUUGAUGUAAAUCAGCCGUCAACAUCAUCAAAAUAUCACCCACAAGAUUCAAGAAGCGCCUCGAUGGCUGCUGUUGGUGUUCCGCCAGAUCAAAGCCAGUCGUCGCCGGCGCAAUGCCGAUCACGACCGGCCUUCAAUGUGGAGCAAUAUUUCGACGAGGCAGACGAAUGCUUGGGCAGUUCGGCACCGAAUUAUUCGCCUCAUAAAGAAAAAUCAUCUUUAUUGCCAACUCCAAGACAGCAGCAGCAACAGUCUCAGCAAUCGCACUCGUCCUCAACACCAUUGUCGUUGUAUCAGACACCGGUACGGGAUCGAGACGAUCGUUCAUCAACAUUCAGUCAUUUCCAGUUGUCUGCUGAGAGAACGUGUGGAUAUUCAGGAUCGCAACACUCUCCGAUAAAUCAGCAACAACAACAACAGCAAAGGUCUAUGCAGCAACAGCCUCAGCAUCAGUCUCUGGCAUCAGCCACUCCAACAGCCGCCAUCCGAACACCUCUAUUAUCGAGUCAUCAGUACGAGCCAGCAGCGGUCGAUGUGAAUCGAGUGUUGUACGGGAAUGAAGACGUUAGGAGUUUACCGAAAUGGAGUGAUGAAGCGAAUAUGAGCAAUGCUAAUCAAGCCAGGCACACUGGUAGCAGUACAUUCAUGAGCCAAACUCUAGCAGAUAAUAACGAUCGAUUUUAUCAGCAAGCAACAGCGAUGACAACGAAUCGACCGCCGUCUUACUCUUCACUUGAGCAAACGAUUUAUUCGGAACCACCACCACUAGCUGCUCACCUAUCGUCUCGCCACGGGCAAGCAUCGUCAGCAGCCGGAUAUGCUUGUUCUUCUUCGAUGAUGUCGAGUCCUCCUCCUGCAAUACGUCUGUCGAAUGCACCCAGUUUCAAGCAAAACAUCAUGGGGCUAUCACAUUCUGCGCCGAAAUCACAUAGGCCUCUGUCACCGCUCACUGCAUCUGCUCAUCAACUUUCUGGUGGUAACGUAACGCCGUUGGGAAACAGAGGAAGACCGAAUAAUGGUCGUGGAGGGGGUGCUGCCGCUGGAGGUAACAGUGCAUUUAGCCAACAGCAUAGAGCACCACCGCAGUCAUCGUCGAGAGGUGGCCGUGGCUCAGGUUCUGGGAGAGGUUCGAUAUUCGAGCAGUCGCGUAAAUUCUUUUGGUGA